UGCCUGCCCUCUCUUUUCUCCUCCAUCCCGGUUUUACUCUGUCCUUUCCCCUGCCGAUCCCCUUCCCCUCCCUCCCUCCCUCCUCCUCUUCCUCUUCACCAUUCCACCCAUCAUCCAUCUCGUCUGGCGAUCAAUCGGUUGCCCGGGCCCAGUCCUCGCCCAUCUCGUCGUAUUGGGCUCGAUUGCAGAGAGCCAGGUGGUGCCGCGCCGGGCGACCAGGUCCGCAUCCUCGCUCGAUCUCGAAUCGAUCCAUCAUCCAUGGGGCGGCUGCUGCUGGUGAGCCUGCCGGCGACGGGCGCCGUCAUCUACCGCUGCAAGCACUGCGACACGCCCCUCGCCUACGCCACAGACAUCAUCUCCAGGAUGUUCUGCUGCAAGAACGGCAAGGCGUACCUGUUCGGCAAGCUGGUGAACGUGAACGUCGGGGAGAAGGACGACCGGGAGAUGACGACGGGGAUGCACACCGUGUGCGACAUCUUCUGCGUCGCCUGCGGAUGCAUCCUGGGCUGGAAGUACCUGGCCGCCGUCGAAAAGGAUCAGCGCUACAAGGUAGGCAAGUUCAUCCUCGACAGGGGCGUGCUGGUGGCGGCGGCGAGUCCCGCUGCUGCUGCUGCCGCCGCCGCCCAUGGGAAUGGGAAUGGGAAUGGGAAUGGGAUGUGGCAGCAGCAGCAGCAGCAGCAGCAGCAGCUGCAGACGAGCGGCGACGACCAGGACAGCGAUGAAGAAUCUUCUGACCACCAGGAUUGAUCGAUUCAUUCAUUGAUGCCUGAGCAUCCAUCCAUCCAUCCAUGCCUGUAAAUAAUACUUGUGCUACUGCUUAGUCCAGUCUGUCUUCCUAGUGUUUCUGCUGCUGCUUAAUCUUUCUUCUUCUUCUUUUUGUUUCCGUUCCAUAUCGCUGGCCGACUUGGCAAAUGAAAUGGAAUGCAUUUCUAGCUGGUGCUGCUUCUGGAGGUGGUAGUGCCAGUAACUAACUAGUACUGUUAUAUAUUAUCAUCCAUUUAUCAGCAAGCUAAGCUCUUUCAUCCA